AUGGGCGAGAACCGUGGCGCUGAUGGCAAACAUGUCACCGUCCUCGACGCCUUGGAUCAUAACGCCGGGGACGGUUCUAUUCAACCCCUUCAAGAAAUGACCGGAAUACGCUGGGAGAUGCUGGAGCGACGCCCGCUCACCUUCGUCCACGAGAAGGUACACAGGGGUACAUACACUUGGCUGUACUUGACUGACUCUUUGAUACUCGAUGCGCGCUUCGAACGUUGCGUCAUGUACAAUGUGCACAUGGUGCAAUGCACUCUUCGUAAUUGCCACGUGCAUUUCUCGGGCGUCUUUGAGCUCAAAGGUUGCGUAUUCAUCGACUGCGUGCUCACCACCGACUCUGGGGACUUUGUUCCCGGAGAAUUCACAGGCACGGGUGAAGACAAGGGCUCGAGCGUACUGUUCACGCAUGGCGUUGUCCUCAGCAACUGCACUGUAAGAGGCAACUUUUCGCAGGAGCGCGGGAGAGCCCACCUUAACAUGCAAGCGCCAUAUCCACGGCCGACACAGCUUGCCCCUUACGAAGUGCACAACAACGUUGUCCUCAAGGAUUGCGUCGUUGACUGUUUGCGGCGCUGGGUCUGGCGCCACCGUCAUAGCAUCAAGCGAGUUAACAAGCACCAGCGCUUGUUCAAGUUCUUCCCCAAGACUCUGUUGGCUAAGACUUCAAAGAGGCAGUAUUCACGGUCGAACUGGACGGCCAAAGCAGCAGGAAAGCAGCCCAUGUAUGUCAAUGACGCAUACGACGAGAUCGAACAGCUCGACUUGCCGCGUAGACGAUGCGAGUGGGACGUCGACAGGGCAGGUGAGUCAAUCGCACAUUUGACGAGGAAACGGAAGAUGGGGCUGAGAUUGAUGGGAACGGAUGGCUGA